AAAACCAGUAGGAGACUGAGCAUGCAAGCAGAACGCCAAGCAAAUCUCCGCGCUCAAGAAACCGAAGAAGAAACCAGUAGGAGACUCAGCAGGAAAGCGGAAAGACAAGAAAACUUACGCGCUCGAGAAAGCGAAGAAGAAACCAGUAGGAGGCACAGACUGGACUCUCAUCGUCAUCGUCGAGUUCGAGCAGAAGAGUCGGAAGAGGACGCCACUACGCGAAGAACGCGAGACGCUGCACGUCACAGACAAGUCCUAUCCGAAGAAACAAUGUCCGUACGAGAAGACAGGCUACGCAUGAAUGCAGCACAACGUUCACGCAGCACUCUUCACAAUGCAGGAAGAUGUGGACUCGAAGUUUAUGUUGAGCAACACAGCGCCGGUUCAAUGGAAGCUUCCUGCGAUCUCUGCAACGGAUUGUUCUUUACGGGAGAAAGGAAUGCAAG